AUGGAAGCUUGCCUCUGUGACAUCCGUAGCUCGAUGAUCAAUGACAAACUCAUGAUCAAUGAUUCCAAGACUGAGUUUAUGCUCAUUGGGACGAAGGCGCAGCUACAGAAAACUAAAAGCGCUACUCCAACUAUUGGCGAAUCCAUCAUCUCUCCCAGCAUGGAACCCCUUAGAAAUUUAGGGGCCUGGUUCGACUGCCAUUUCAACCUGAACUUUAACAUAACCAAAACUUGUAGGAGUGCUUUUUUUCAUCUACACAAUAUUAGACGCGUCAGAAAAUAUCUAAGCAUAAAAUCUGCCGAGAAAUUAGUCCACGCUUUCAUCACAAGCAGAUUGGACUAUUGUAACUCACUUUUAUACUGACUACCCCGCUGCGCCCUCACUAAACUGCAGCGUGUUCAAAACGCAGCUGCAAGAGUUCUAUAUCUAGCACCACGGUAUUGCCAUAUUACACCAAUAUUAUACGAAUUACACCGACUGCCUGUAACUUAAGAUUACUAUAAUCACUCACAAAGCAAUCCAUGGAACAGCUCCUAAUUAUUUACCAUCUCUCGUUAACUUUAAACCUAAUUCUUCCUACAGCCUCAGAUCAAAUAACAAAUAUCUGCUUUCAAAUCCAAACUUCAGGACUUUCCCUACUCUUGGUGACCGAGCCUUUGUAGCCACCGCACCAAAACUGUGGAAUAAUCUUCCGUUAGAUCUUAGACGCACCUCCGAUUUUGAAGUUUUUCAACGUAAUUUGAAGACUCACCUUUUUAAGAACACCUUUUAUUCAUUCGUGUAAUUUUUAAUUGUGAGGCGCAUUUGAAAACUGUAUAGUGGAAUUUGCGCGGUAUAAAUAAAUGUUACUAUUAUUAUUAGUAGUAGUAGUAGUAUUAGUAUUAGUAUUAGUAUUGAUUCUAAACUAAUAAAGGUAUGCUACUUCUUGCAUGACACAACUGACAGAAUCAUGGGAUUCCUUGCAAGGAACAACAAGGUUGUGAUUGCUUAUUGAAGUAAUAAACCAUCGUAUCGAUUGUUUAUCGCUAGCAUCUUCCAAAUAUGGUCAGCGACAACCAGGGAGGGGUUUAAGCCAAUCAGAAACGACAGAAUAUCAGCUUUGAAUGAAUAAUAAAUUUCUGUCAUCUAAUCGAUGCACACCUGCCUUAAUAACAUCCUGGCACAAAUCUGCAAUAUUUUUCACUGCAUUAUUUUACUAAAGAUAAGCUACCUCGCCAUCGAGAGGGUCGACCUUAACAUUUUACUCUGACAAGUCUGAAAUGUCUAAAGCCCCUGAGAUUGCAGUGUUGGGGGUUGCAAUUUUCCACGGUUUUUGCAUCUUUCUUGGCAAUUUUUUCACAGUCUUUGUGUUUUGUAUUCAUCGAGAUAAAUUGAAGCGAACGUCUUUUCUCCUAAUCAACUUGGCAGUGGCAGAUAUGCUUGUUGGACUCACUGAAAUAGCUAUGGUCGGAGCGAUUGGCCUUCCACAAAUGACUGGGCUACGCAAAAUUGGCAACACAGAUUCACCUGAUAUUUCAACUGUUUUUCAAGCAGCAUUUUCGACAGCAUCUGUACUUUUUCUCGCUCUCAUUUCACUGGAACGAGCCUUCGCUUUGCUGUGGCCUCUUCGACAUCGUGUAACAAGCACCAGUACUUACAUCUACAGCAUUAUACUCGUAUGGAUAGCUGCAUCUACAGUGGGUGCAUCGUGUUUGUUAGUUGUUCAUGGAACCUUGAAAUAUAAAUUUUACAUGGCCUUCCUAUCCAUUGUCAUCAUUUUUUGUUUGAUAACAGUUUCCCUGUCUUACUUAGCAAUCCGAACAAGACUUACUCAACAAGUUCCAGCUAUCGACAACGCACAUAACAGACAGGAUAAUGAACGAAACAAGAAGCUUUCCAGAACUUUGUUUAUUGUCAUA